AUGUCCGUCGACACAAGCCCCCCAGCCCCGCCGCCACCGAGCGCAUGGCCGGGCGAGGAGGAGCCGUCGGCGUUAGACGCGCGCGGCUGUCUGGCGGCGGGAGCGAUGGUGGCUGUGCCCUGCGACGCGACCGACACGGAGGAGUCGCUCGCGGAGGAAGAUGCCAAACCCGAGCCCCCCCGCAGUGCGUCCGCCGGAGAGCUGGUCAUAGUCAUCAACGACAAGCUGGAGAACCGUGAGGCGGGGUCUCCGGUGGUCUCCUCGCCCCCCCGCCGGCAGCACUCCAUCUCCUACUCCCACCACCCCCACCACGCCAAGACGCGCAAGGGCAGCCGGGCCAGCUCCGUCGGCUACACCGCCUUCUCCCCGCGGCCCUCGCUCUCCCGCCACUCCAGCAUCGCCGUGGCCCCGCCCAUCGACAGGUCAAAGGUCAAGGACUACAUGCUGCUCAGCGUGCUGGCCUGCUUCUGCCCCGUCUGGCCCAUCAACAUCGUGGGCUUCGUCUACUCCAUCAUGUCCCGGAACAGCCUGGAGCAGGGUAACCUGGACGGUGCGGUGCGUUUGGGCCGCGUGGCCAAGCUGCUGUCGGUGGUCUCCCUGGUGGGCGGGACCCUCAUCAUCAUCGCCUGCAUCGUCAACCUGGCCAUCAACGUGAAAACCUGA